GGCAAGUGGGCAGGGCAUAAUAACUCCUGAAGUUAGAAUGUCCCGAACGGUCAUCGUCGUACACACAUUGCUGGCGUUCCUGCUGCCGACUGUUUUGUGCCUAGGUGAACACAAGCUACGCAGAAACCAAACGAAUGCUUUUCAGGUUUUUGACAUCUUUGCGGAUGGCGUGGCAGUGUACACGUCCAGCCAAGACCCGAGCCUGGAAUGUCUGACCGCCGAGAGGAAGGAAUACAAGCCGAACAAGAAGGUCGUUUAUACCUGGAACCUGCAUGGUAACCCGGGGUCGGAGAAUGAAACUUAUGUGGUCGAGUACUAUCCGGGCCCUUCCAAUGACACGGUGUUCGCCAUUGUAAACCAUGACAAGAAGCACCCUACGUUAGUCAAACUUGACUACAGCAAUAACAAGAACUGCGUUGUCGCCAACUUCCCGUACAAGGGCGAAGUGUGCAUACUGUGGGUGCAGAAAGCGUACGUAUCGACAUUUCCACAAGAAUGUGUCGACCAGUUUGAAGACAUUUGCGACGCCAAAGUUCCCGACUACCAAGAGGGCCUAUGUAACGAGGCUGCAAGCAGUUAAUAAAACACCAGCUUUGUGGACGUGCAAAGUCCAAGUCAAAUUU